CAAUUUGACAUAUUGUUUGUUUGUUAUUUGAUUUCGUUGAUUGUAUUGUUUAUGUAAUUCUUAAUUAGUUUAACAAUGAAAACAUAUAAAAUUAAUUGUGUAAUUUAAAGGUUUAAUUUAUAAUGUCUAGUGCAAUGGAUAACAUUCAAAUACGUGCGUGUCGUGUGUGUCUUAAUACAGAAUGUCCUGACAAUAUAUCUUUGGAGGCAGGCAGUGCCUGGUUGCGAAUGUAUGAAUAUUGCUUUGGAAUACCAAUAAAUGAUAAUGACAGGUCACGGAGAUUAUGUUCUCAUUGUGCAAAUAAUAUGAAGAAAUUUGCAAAAUUCAAAAGAAAAUGUUUAAAAUCUCAUCGCCUAUGGAAAUCUCUUAUGUCUGAAAAAUCGAAAUGUAAAAAGUCUGCAAUGAAAAUUGAAGUUAAACUUGAAAUAAUUAAGAAUCGAUUAAAAAAAGAAAAGGAUGAGUUCUAUGAAGUUCCAAGUACUGAUUUGCCUGAAGUCAAAGAUCAAGGAAAUUUUAUUGAAAAUAACUUUGUUUCAAUUCAAGUGAAGAAUGAAAAUGAUUCUGAAACUAUUUAUAAUGAUGAUCAUUUUGAUGCAGUUAGCACUAAAAAUGAAGAUGACAAUCACUUUGAUACAGUUGAAACUAAGAAUGACAAUGAUGAUGUUAAUAUUCAUAAUAAAGUUAAAGUAGAAAAAUUAAAGGUAGUAAGUAAGAAAAAUAAUACAGAAAAAAAAUUAAAAAGAAAUUUUAACAACACAUUGCAAUGUGAAGUGUGUAAAAAAAUAUAUAAGCAUAAACAAAGCUUUUUCAAACACACUCAGAAAGGGACUUGUAAGCCAAAGAAAAAAAUACCUGACAAUGACCUACCUAUUUGUCCAAUUUUUUAUUGUGGCAUAUGUGAUAUGACAUCAUCUGAAUCUGAUCUUAUAAGUAAACAUAUAGAAGAGCACAGAUCGCUUAAUGAUUUGAGCUGUAAAAUGUGCGAGUUCAAGGGCAGAGAUUUUGCUGACAUGGUGACUCACAGAUUUAGCCACCACCCAAAGGAAUUUAAAACAAUUUAUAGUUGCCACGUGUGUGGUCGGAGAUCGCCGGCUCCUCUGCCUCUGCAGUUUCAUUAUAGGUCGGCGCAUUUGAAGAAAAAUGGCGGCAUGUGCACCGUUUGUAAUAAAAUAUUUAGAGUUUACAAGUUGUGGCGAAACCACGAACGUUUGCAUAAAGAGGAGACGAACAAAUACAUCUGUGAUCAUUGUGGCAAAGAAUGCCUGUUUCGGCACGAAAUAAAGAUACAUCUGGCUAGUCACUUCAAUAUUAGAACAUUUAUAUGCGACACUUGUGGCAAAAGAUUCAAACAGCUGAGAGGACUUAAACAUCACAUGGCCAGCGCGCACGUUACGAAUCCAAUAAAAUGUACCCAUUGUAACAAAACAUUCAAACACAAGUUCAGCUUGGAAAGCCAUAUGAAGUUGCUUGGCGGCGACAAGCCUUUCAAAUGCGAAGUUUGCUCUAAAUGUUUCUCGUCUACGUGGUAUUUGAAGAGCCAUAUGUUUUGGCACACUGGGGAGCGACCGUUCCCUUGCGAACUGUGCGGAAAGAGAUUCAAAGCGAAGUGUCAACUUACAGUGCAUCUAAGGCGACAUAUGGGCAACUUGCCGUACAAAUGUUCGCAUUGCUCUAAGUGUUUUACAACUACUACACAGAGGAGAGUUCACGAGAGUGUACACACUGGGAUUCGAAGGCACAAAUGUCCAUAUUGCGAGAAAAGUUAUCAUUGCAAAAAGGUUAUGAGAGUGCACUGUAAGACGCACCACAAUAUCGAAGUGGAUUCGUCUGAUGAGAAAAGAGAAAGUAGCGAGGUAGUAGACAAUAAGGUAAAAUAGUUGGACAUAUUCGUGGCUUAUACAGCGUAGGUAAGUAAAAUAUUUAUUAUUCAUAAAAAAAUCUGAUACCUCCCUUUACUAUAUAAAUCUAUUUUAUUUUAACAUGUUUUAUCACUCAUUCGAAUUAGGAAUUCAGCUUAAGAAGAAAUGAAAUAUGGAAAAGGUUUUAUUAUUUAAAAUUAUUAUUUUAUGAAAUCUCUGAUUAGU